UUCGUAUUCAUGGCUAAGAAUCCUUCCCAAGACAAUUCCGGGACGGCGAUCGAGUGUUUCGGAGAAGUGGCUCUCAUCAUUGCCAGCGUAAUUGUAUCGUCAAGUGUCAUUUACCAAAAAGCUGAGAAUAUAAGCUGCUAAUGUGAAAUGUAUCCGUGUUCAGCGACUUAUUGUGGUCAGGAUGGAGGAAGAUGAGUAAUAACAAUAUACAGGUGUGGUGUUGUGGUUGCUGCUGUUGACAUUGGUACUUUUGAUCUAUGCAAAGGACUGGGCCAUCCGACGAAUGAUUUAUAGGAGUUAUUCAUUGAUGAUCAUAACUUGAGCCAUUGAUCCUGGAUUCUUCUUUGAGAGUUUGCUUUUAUUUAAUGUGGAAGUCAGAUAGGACCAGGCCUUGAUAAGGAGUACAUGCCAUAGAUGUAGUCUCAUGAAUUGUCAUCUAUGAGGCAGUCUCGGUGUCACAACGCGGCUGACCAAGACACUAUUUAAAAAGGAUACAUCUUUUUUUCAAAGGAAAAGGUUUCGGGCAGUAGAGUAGCAUAUAUUACUCUUAGCUAUGAGAGCUAUACAUCGUUUAAUAACUUUUCCCUAAGUCACGUGGAGUAAUCGUAGGUCUUCAUAUUCAAAUCUUUGGAGGAACGGUAUACAAAAUGGAAUUGGACAAAAUCGUUGCUUUUUUCAUCUGUGGUUACAUCCUGUCCGUGUUCGCCGAGGGAUUCCCCGACCGGUUCCCGAUAGGUGUGAUCUUUGACCGCGACAGCUCAGAUAUCCAGUAUCCCUUCAAAUACACAAUAGGCCUACACAAUAACAACGAAACCAAGUCAGCAUUCAAGAUCGACGUUUGGGAGGAGUUUGUGAAUAUACGUAAUAGUUACGAACUAGGAAAUGCAAUAUGCAACGAAACAAAGAAAGGCACCUUUGCCAUCCUCGGUGCCAAGGACCUGCUGUCCUCAGAUGUGAUCCAGUCUUACAGUCGGACCCUCCACAUGCCUUACCUCACCAUCGGGCCGGUCCCAAACGAGAAACCAUUCAAGAACGAGUUCAUCCUAAACAUGCGGCCAUCCUACACCGCUGCCAUCAUUGACCUCAUCAAAUACUUCAACUGGACCAAUGUCCAUUAUCUUUACGACAACUACGAGGGUCUGGUUCGAGUACAAGAGGUAAUCACCACAUUUUUAGUCAAUGAAGAUGCGGACACGAAAAUAGAACUUCACCCCAUGCAGGUGAUCAACACCAACAAUGCAUACGACAUCCUCCGCCAUAUUGACCAAUGGGAGCCUCGGAAGCCCACGGAGAAGGAACUGGCCGAGCUGCCGCCGAAGACGCCGGGGAAGAGGUACGAACCAAAGCCCAGACAUCCUGCCAAGAAUAUCAUCCUGGAUUUCUCAUCAAAACUGGCGACUCAGUCGAUUAUGCGGCAGUUGCAGGAAAUGGGGAUGAACCGAAUGACCUACCACUAUAUCAUAGCAGGACUGGAUGUAUCAGAGUUCGACCUAUCCGGCUUCCACCACAGUGGAGUCAACUUGACUGGCUUCCGUCUCAUCGACCCGAAGAACAAGGAGGUCCAGAACUUCGUCAAGGAAUGGUCCGAGCUCAACCCCCUAGACUGGCCUGGUGCCGGUACCAAGAAGCUACCUAUUGACACAGCACUGAUAGUUGAUUCCAUCCAUGCAGUGGUGUGGAGCCUCCUCUCCAUCAAACAGCAUAAGGAGCCCCAUCUUUUCCGCAAGACAUUCCGGCGAGGUCAGGUGUACAACAAUGGAACCCGAGGGAUACCGUGUAAGGAGGAUCCGGUACCCUGGCAACAUGGACAGCUACUUAUGGAAGAACUCAAGAAGGUUAGCUUCCCAGGUCUCAGUGGAAAGGUGGCCUUUAAUAGAUAUGGCUACCGGUCAGGAUUUAACCUUGACCUGUUGACCUUGGUAGAAAAGAGAGGCUUGAAAAAGGUCGCCACGUGGAAUGACAAUGGUCUGCAAGUGACGUCACACCACUGGAGGUUUUUGAAUUAUUCCAGGACCUCGGAAUAUAAAGUUUAUAAAAUCACAAGCAUCAAAUCUGCCCCCUACAUGACCAUGAGGACAAAAGACGACAACGGUAAGCCGCUCGUGGGUAACGCCCGCUUCGAGGGCUACUGCGCCGACCUCAUCAACGAGAUCUCGCAAAUUCUCAGGUUUGAUUACGUCAUCAGGUUCGUCAAGGAUAAAAAUUAUGGCGCCAUUGACGAGGUGACUGGGAGGUGGAACGGGAUGAUGGGAGAGGUCAUUGAACAACAAGCAGACAUGGCCGUCGCACCCUUGACCAUCAACGUAGAACGUGAAAGAGUAGUCGACUUCACCAAACCCUUCAUGAGCCUGGGUAUCAGCAUCAUGAUCAAGAAGCCAGAGAAACAGAAACCAGGCGUCUUCUCCUUCAUGGAUCCUCUGUCGAACAGAGUGUGGGCGUGUGUGACCAUCGCCUGCAUCGCCUCAGGCUUCUUACUGUUCUUGGUGGGCCGGAUCAGCCCGUACCAGUUCUGUAUCAAGGAGGACUGUAGUGGUAUCCAGACGGAUGAUGAGUUUACACUUUUCAAUUGUAUCUGGUUUGCUCUCGGUGCUCUUAUGUGUCAGGGAGGAGAUAUAACAUUAAGGUCCCUCUCGACCCGCGUGGUCGGAAGCGUAUGGUCCCUCUUCACUCUCAUCAUGAUCUCCUCCUACACGGCUAAUCUGGCCGCCUUCCUCACCAUAGAGAGGCUCCUGACUCCGAUAGACUCCGCUGAGGACCUCUCGAAACAGACCAAGAUCGUCUAUGGUACAUUAAAAGGAGGUUCAACAAACGAAUUUUUUAGGAGUAGCAACAUAUCUAUCUAUAAAACAAUGUGGAAUUUCAUGGACUCUGCAAAACCGAGUGUGUUCACUGACAAUACGGAAGGUGGUGUAGCCAGGGUCAGAAACUCUAAAGGUCGAUAUGCCUUUCUAUUAGAAUCCACCACUAAUGACUAUGUAAACCAGCGUAAACCAUGUAAUACUAUGAAAGUAGGAGAUAACUUAGAUUCAAAAGGAUUUGGUAUAGCAACACAGAUAGGAAACCCGUUAAGAAAAGAAUUAAAUCUAGCUGUGUUGAAAUUACGAGAGACUAAUGUGUUACCAGCUUUAGAAAAAAAAUGGUGGUAUGAUAAAAGUGAAUGUUUAUUAUUCGAGGAAGGGGGUUCGUCUUCCAACACUCUGACACUCAGUAACGUAGCAGGAGUGUUUUACAUCCUAAUCGGGGGGUUCGGCCUGGCCAUGGCUGUCUCCUUGCUAGAGUUUAUGUAUAAAGCAAAUAAAGAAGCAAGCAAGAGAAAGACGACUUUGUCCAAAGCCUUGAGAUCUAAGGCGGACGUGGCGGUGAGGGGCACAGAGGAGGAGACGUUCGGGCAGAACGGCCUGCAGAGAUCCAUCUCUACGCUUCCAAUCGCAAGGAGUGGUGCGGUUAGUUUGGUAUGACGACAGCUGGUGGCGAUGAGAAGACCUCCCAAGUGCAUUUUAGACUUAAGGAUCUAGAACCAUCGAGAACCACGCAUGUUCCCUGCAUUACGAAACUUGGCUGAACAACUGGACUGAAUCCCGGAUAUAGAAUGUUGCUGCAAUGCGUUGCCGUUGGAAUUAAUGAUAUUUUGUUAAGCCGCAUCUUCGCAACGCAAGGCAGGGAACAGAGAAUGUUGGACAUUUACCGACGAACUUUCAAUAGAUGUGGAAAACAUGAGAAUUAGUUUUUUGAACAACAAAGGAAACCUUAACCAAUGGCUACCGUUGGCGAAUCUUGCCUGGCGAAACGUGCAACCCAAGAUUGGAAGGAUAUGGUGUCGACCAGGAGUAAACCUGUUAUUUCAUUUGUACUCAGGACCCGGUUGGUCAAAACGGGGUCAGUCACUAAACUGGCGUUCACUUCACCUGGUGUCCCCCUUUCAUUGGUACCUAAGCUCAUUAGACGCAAGGCCAAGUUGUGACUUACAUGUUUUAAAAAAGCCCUGCAGCUUGAAACGACUCUCCUGAACUAUUAGCUCAGUCAGCCCAGUCCUCAUUCCUGACCAAAUGUACAUGUAACUACGCUCUGCUACCAUGUAAGCUCAGUCUCUAUUCCUGGUCAAAUGUAACUACGCUCUGCUACCAUGUAAGCUCAGUCCUUAUUCCUGGUCAAAUGUAACUACGCUCUGCUACCAUGUAAGCUCAGUCCUUAUUCCUGAUCAAAUGUAACUACGCUCU